AUGGCGACCGAAGAAGCCAUCGCCGCAGGCUUGAUCGACUGGGUCAAUAGCCUGGCAGUUGCAAACCCCGUGUACACCGUCGAGGAUCUCAGCAACGGCCAUGUCAUAUGGAAAGUCCUGCAGCAGAUUGACCGAUUUAGCUUCUCGGGCAAACUGCCCGAAGACCCUGAUACUGACCAGUGGAUCAAUAAAUGGACGAACCUCAAACAUAUUUACGAUGCCCUGUCCAUCUUCCUCCUCGAGGACUGCGGCCAACGCCUGCCGCUUCCAGGCGGCAGACCCGACCUCAAAGCCAUCGCCCAAUCUUCCUCCUUGACUGAUAUCGUUACCCUACUGAAGCUUCUUGUGGUCGCUGCCAUCAACUGCGCCGAGCGCAUCGAAUUUCUCAAGCAGAUGCAACAGUUGGCCGAGUCCACGCAAGAGGUGUUGAUGCAAACUGUUCAAGAGGCAGGUGAAGGCGAGGCCGAGGCCGAAGGCGAUUCCCAAGACGAAACCCAAGACUUGGAUCAGCAUGACCCCGUCGCGUCUGACCAUGCCCCUACGUCGCCCCGACGCUCCGUGGAAGUUGAUUCAGUCCUGGCAUCCGAAGAGCGACUCGGCAAAGUCAUUGCAGACAAUCAGCGAAUAGCCCAUGAGAAGAGGGAGCUGCAGAAACACCUGGACGACUUCCAUCUCCGCUAUGAGAAGCUCCAGGAACGCUGUGAUCUCGCCCAGGACGAACUCAAGGAAACUGGUGAUCGUCUCUCUGCAGUGCUGGCAGGCCGCUCUGACAUCUCUACUCGACCUCUGGAUGCAAAACAUGACACUCUGAUUGCCACCCUGGAGAAUCGAGUCGAAGAAGCCGAGUCUGAAGUGGAUGAGCUGCGUAAGGCGAAUGAGGUCCUGAAAAUCAAAUCCGAGAAAGCCCAAAAACUCCAGGAUGACUACGAUGAAAUGAAGAUUGAGCGAGACCGACUGGCCCGCAAAGCCAACACCGCCGAAAAAUACAGACAGAAACUGGAAGCGAGCCAGGACCUGGAAAAGGAUAACGCCACUUUGCGUAUCAAGGUCAAUGACCUGCAGAACCAGCUCAAGCAGUCCGACUCGGCCCAAGCAAGUUCGAGCGAUUUGCAGCGGGAAGUUGACGAAUAUCGACGCCUGCUCCCUAGUAUUGAGCAGGAACGAUAUGAGUUGAAUGAGAUGAAGAAAAGGUUAGAGUUUGACUAUCACACACUCGAAGUGCGGUAUCAUGAUACAUCAGAGCAGUUAUCCAGGCAGCACCAAGCUGUCGAGGACUUGCAAAGCAGGUUGGCCGACUACGAGGAUGGAAUUGCACCCGCUACUCGAGAAGAGCGCCUGCCUAGCCCAGUUGAUAAAGACCUGGAUCACGAAGAAGCCGACUUCCUCGAAUCAGAAGCAAGACUUGCUGCCGCGCUCUUCAACGGGGACUCCAGCCCGGGUGACCAAGCCGAGAUGACAUCGCCGACAAGUUCGACGGCCACUCCGUCUACUUCAGCCCUGCUCCUCGACCUCGGAACAGGUGAUAACGAAUCCAUCACCGAGGACGAACUCAAAGCCAUCAUGGCCGCAAUGCGUGCACAAGCGCAAGCUGGCUCUGCCUCGGAGCGUGAAUCCAGUUUGCGCGCACAGAAGAAACUUGUUGUCGCAAUUGAGCGCCAGCGCACCAAGAACAAGUUACUCCUGGACCAUAUCCAGAAACAGGACGGCGUGAUCCGUGAUCUGCAGCAGACACAAUCAGAUCGUCCACAGGCCGAAACUGAAAAGAAACCGAAUCAAGAGCCUGUGCCGCCUCCACCGCCACCCAAGGACACACCUCGUGAUGUGGAACCCGCCGUUUACAACAGCGAAGAGGACAUGCCCGAACUGGAGCGCCUGACCGAUGAGAAUAGAAAUCUCCAACGCGAACUCAAACUCAUGGCAUCCGCAUGGUAUGAGCAGAAUCAGCGGCUGGCCAGCCUUAGCUCGGCGGCGUCAGGUCGAAGCCGUGGCUAUGGCGGGGGCGGGCCCGGGAAUGGCGCCGAGUUCAGAGGAUUCCUCGGCCGUCAGAGGCGGAGGGUUGAUGUUGUGACUUUUGCACGGUGA